UAGUGCCAGACUCCUCGCAUGUCUUCGGAACCACAAAGAUGGCGGACGAAGUUGAUCAAAAUGCGUUGAUAAAUGAGUUCACAUCAGUGACGGGAUCCGGUGAAGAAAGAAGUAGACAUUAUCUUGAGGCAUCUGGAUGGAAUAUCCAGUUUGCGUUGAGCACAUUUUACGACAACGACAACGAAGAAAGCAUGGAGGAUUUGUUUGGAAGUCAAUAUGAACAAAAAGAGAUGCAUUCGAAGUCUCCGGAGAGAGCGCCUCCUUCGAAAAGCAAGGCAAGAUUUGGUACAAUAGCUGGCAUUACUGACAGAAAUAAAGAAAAUGAUGACAGUAGUGAUGAGGAAGGACAAACAUUCUAUGCAGGAGGCUCAGAAACAAGUGGUCAACAGAUUCUUGGUCCAUCACGAAAGAAUCGUAAUUUAACACAAAGUAUUUUUAAUGCUGCAAAAAGUCAUGGUGCAGAAGUUGUGAAUGAGUCUCAAGAAACAAGACAAAAUAGGAAGAAAAAAAUUCCAGCUUUUGCUGGUUCAGGUUUUCGACUGGGUGCUUCAGAGGGUUUAUCUGCUACUGUACAAUCAUCAUCAAAUGAUUCAGAUGUUCCUGAACCUUUAAAUGUUAAUUUAUAUUUCUGGUCAAAUGGUUUCUCCAUUGACGAUGGUCCACUAAGAGAUUUUAAUGAUCCUCAAAACAUGGAAUUUUUAGACUCAAUAAAACGAGGAGAAAUUCCCCGCGAGCUUCUUCAUUUAAAUCGUGGAGGUGAAGUACAUGUAAAUAUGAACGAUAAAAGACACGAGGAUUAUGUUAAACGUAAGGAAACAAUGAAAGCGUUUACAGGAAAAGGUCAUUAUCUUGGAAGCCCUACUCCCAAUGUCGUCACUCCCAGCGUUUCCACCGCAAUCACAAGUUCGGUCCAGGCUCCAAAUAUUGACGAAGCUCAACCAAUAACAAGUCUCCAAAUACGCUUGAUUGAUGGAACAAGAUUGGUCGGUAAAUUUAACUACAACAAUUCUAUAGCUGAUGUCAGACAUUUUGUAAAUGCUUCCAGACCCCAAAUGACUUCUCGUGAUUAUAUUUUUCUGACAACAUUUCCAAAAAAAGAACUAAAAGAUGAAACUACUACUCUAGAAGAAGCUCAACUAUUAAAUGCUGUGGUAGUUCAGAAGCUGACAUGAUUAGAAAUGACGACUUCAUUCUUUCAGUGGGUGUUUUAAUAUAGCUAUUUUCCUUUUAAUUUGCACGUUUAUUUUGCCGAAACUUUUUGAGGCCUAUCAAAAAUCAUUUUUUAUAUCUACUAUUCAUGAGGUUAUUAUAGUUUAUAUUACAAUGACACUCACAGUCCUACAGUCUUAUGUUCACGAUACUUGUGUGAAGUUUGUUCCUAUUUUGCUGCUUGGUCUUUGAUACUUUUUUUAAAAUCCACAUUGUUUUCAAAACAAUGAUAGCCUAUGUUUUUGCUGUAAGUAAAAUUCGAUAGUCUUUAUGGUAUGGAAUAUGGUUUGAUUAAAAUUCAUCCAUUUUGA